GAACUCUCUUUUUUCUUGUUCUAGUUUUAUAAAAUGGCCAAGGACUGGUGGCUCUUUGGGUUUUAGUUCAUCGUGCCGCUGGCAUGCACCGCCGUCUUUUACUCGCGGAUGACUUGGAGGAUUUUAAGUAGAAGUGUUAAGAAGUUGGACAAACACAUUAAGCAGAGACAUGAAGUGGAAUGGACAGUUUUGUGUCUGGUUCUCGUGUUUGCAGUUUGCUGGUUUCCUCUUCACCUCAGCAGGAUCCUCAAGUUAACCAUCUAUGAUGAACACGAUCCUAACAAAGGCCACUCUCGCCGCCGGUUGUUGUCGUUCAUUCAAACCCGUCCACAUUCAGGAAGACAAACAAAGUUUCAUGAGGUCAAAGGUCAUGGAGCCAACUUCUGACAACAGCAACUCCGUCAAAUGAGAGUUGGCAUCUGAUGACAAUGAGAGAACAAACUUCCUUCAGAAAUUUGCUUGUCUUAGAGCGUGAAAUCAGCUUCUGAUGUUGUAUAUUUACUCUUACUGUUUUUUUUUUGGUUUUUUUUUGUAAAUACAUUAUGAGUGAAAAGCAUUUUCUUCUGUUGCAUUAAAGUCUACAUACAAAAUUAUAAUUAACUAAAACUUAAGCCAUAAAAAAUAACAUUUUCAUUAUUUGAAAUAAGCUAAAA